CUCCCUCCGCCUGGGAGCACCGCAGCAGAGUGGGCACCGGUUACUCUGGUGACGUGUAGGUAGCGAUGAUACCAGGAAGUGUGAACUAGGGAAGCAAAAUAGUUUGGGUAAAUUUAAUAUUUUUCACUCGUUAUCAAGGAAUAUAAUUUAUUCUGUAGUGAAUAGGUGUAUACUCUAGUCGUGUAACAUAUUACCAGCCGUCUAGUGAGCUACCAUGGGACGACAUGGGGGCGUUGGUUUAGCGGUUUUCGUACUCGUGCUGGUCUUUUGCGAAGCAAGAAGACACAAACUCGCCCUAAAGAAUGACUCUAGGUUUGUGGUUCAUCUCAACACCUUUGGUUUCUUUGCCAACGGAACCCUGGACGUCAAGGUUCUCUCCCUGAGACUGCCCGAGGACAACAGCAAGCACCCUGUGGGAUUCAGUCUCUCCAAGUCUCGUGUUAAUGGAGUGCUGUCCUACACAGCGGAGGAGACUGCGGUGUGUCCGCUCAGCAAACACAGCGGUGUGGAGCCCUUCUUCCUCUUCCUCAUUGACACCAACAACCUCAGAGUCAAUGUAAGGUCGUAUGGAGACCAGGACAGCGUCUUGACCCAGCUGAAGACAGACAAGACACUCACUAAAGACUCGGGUCAGCAGUAUUUACCUCCCUUCAAUACAACACAGUGGGGUAGUGCAGUCCCCUGGGAGGGGGGGGGUUGUUGCCAUGGUGCAGGAAGAACUGUCGUUUUAUACGCUAGUCUCAUGGCUAUUUUACACAUUUUGACAUGAGGCUGAGAGAGAAUU